ACAUAGACUAUGCACCUGUUCUUCCAAACAUUGUGAACCUAAGAGAAAACGAAAGACCCACAGAGGACCAAGCAAAAUAUGAGAGAAAUUAUAUUAUGUGUGGUGUUCUUGAAUUUAGCAUCGGGCUACGUUUGGGACAACCGUGCGAAGUACGUCUCGGUAAGUUAUAUUGAUUUACUUAUUAUACAUAGCACUAUUUUUGUCACCAGUCUUUAAAAUGCACGGGAAUGCCGGGGGGGGGGGGGGGGCUUGUUUUGCCCAAGAUGUCAGUGUUCAGCGACAUGAAAGAAAUUGACAUAACCGAGGAGAAAAUGUUAGCACAAAGAUAGAUUUUGGCGUUUCUACUUCAAAAACGUCGACUUAAUAGGGUUGGCGAGUUAAAAGAGGUCAUGAUAAGUGGGUUCGACUGUAUUCUACAAAUGAUAACAUACACACAAAAAAUUGCAAAUGUAAGAUUAGUAGAAACACACCAUUUAAUACCUGAUAAACAUAUUAACGUAUAAAUAGUAAUUAAGGAAUAGCUAAAAUGAACUAAGGCAAGACUCAUUUAUACAAAUUUUCUAUCCAAAUUAAUGGAGACUAAAAAGUUUUUAAACCUAAUUUAAGAAGCUAUCUUAAUUAAUGCACCAUUUGUGGUAGUUCUCUUGCUUCUAGACGGGCAAGCAUAAAGAAUGAAGUUUAGCUUAUAAAUAUAUUUGUAAAUGCACAACGCUUACAUUUGAUUUGAAUAUAAAUUAUAACACAUUAUUAAUAUGUAUGUGUUGUCUGUUCACUGUUCGGUUUACAUUGCAGGACGACUUUGGUGGUAGUGGAAUAUAUGACGGAGGUGGAUUUGGUGGAGGAGGAAGUAGUGGUGGAUGGGGUGGUAUCGGUGGUUGGAAGGGUGUAGUUGUUAGUCGGGAUGCCCCUCCAGAUGACCUCUUAGAUCAAUCCUAUGUCCCCAAUGAAAUUAAACUUUUCGUGGGACAUGCUCUUUUAGGUAACUUCCACCUUUUUUUUUAUUUUUAAAAUAUAUAUGUUCGUGAAUCUUCUAAUUAGUUACCCUCAGUGUCUAUUCGAAAUAAAGACUUCCAUGAAGUUAUUUUAUGAUCUACUCUUUAACUUAAUAGCCAGAUUUUAUUUUUCACCAACAAUUUAAAAAAAAAAAAAAAUAAAUUAAUAAAAAAAUCAAGAAAUGAAAAAAUAAAAAAAUCAUUUUUUUUUUAAAAAUUACCAUGUGUCUAUAAUUUUUUUUAUUAUUUUUUAUCUAUUUAACGUGUAAUGUAUAUUUAAUUCAUUUUAAAAAUAAAGACUUCCAUGAAGUUAUUUUAUGAUCUACUCUUUAACUUAAUAGCCAGAUUUUAUUUUUCACCAAAAAUUUAAAAAAAAAAAAAUAAAUUAAUAAAAAAAUCAAGAAAUGAAAAAAUAAAAAAAUCAUUUUUUUUUUAAAAAUUACCAUGUGUCGAUAAAUUUAAUUAAAAUAUUCGAGCUAUUUAACGUGUAAUGUAUAUUUAAUUCAUUUUAGCCUCAUACCCAGUCUGUUUCUUUUACCUUAGGUCUUACACCAGAAGAAAUGAUGCAGCAUUGCGACAGGAUUAAGACUGGGGCCCAGGCGCAGUACGGUGCGGGGGAGGAGAAAAGUAAGAACAUGGCAGGUUAAUGCAGUCAUGCGUAACCUUAACACACUCUGAACUGAGUAGACCUUAAUAUUAACACUUUAAAUGUGCAGGGUAAUUUAUUUUUAUUUAAAAUAUGAAGGUUUUAAGAUUUAGAUGUGAGACAUACUGCCUGUAGGUUAUUCACUUUUUUUUUUAAGUCCAUGGAAUGUCAAAUCAUUAUAAAUUACAUACACAUAUUGUUAACUUUGUGAGGCAAUAAUUUAAAAAAAAAAAUACUUGAUUCGUAACUUUAUUCGAUACAAAAAAAAUGUUGUAUAAAAAAGUUCUUCCUUGAAAUCUAAAUAGAAAAUUUGAAAGAAGGAUACAUUUCCUAAAACAAAAGAUGAAGAGAAACUUUUUUAAGGUGUCGAAUCUCUCAAAUUUAACGAAGAACUGAGAAAACUACCAUUCUGUGAUUUACUAACUUGUUCCUAUAAAAAAGAUUGUUCGUUGUCUACUGUGUUCAAAAACAGUGAUGAACUUCAAUAUUUCUUUGCCAUUAAUGUCUGUAGUAUCAGAUGACCAGACAAAUGCAAUGCUUAGAGAAAUGGCUUCAAAGUAUCCGUCCAUCUUACCGGAAGAUUUACUGAAUUCAGGUAAAAUUUAUUGUUUAUUCUAGAAAAAAAAGUAUACAAAAACCAUAUAAAUAUACAUAGAAUACUUACUUUUACAAGAGACAAAUAAAAAAAAGGCUGUCACGACCACAGCUCUACCAGAAUAUUCGAUGGCUUCGUUCUUUCUAGUGGUUAAUUAUAUUCACUUCACAAAACAUUAAUUAUUAGUAUUAAAACACAGUAUCUUUAUUAACUAGAUCUCAACUGCCAUUACUCACAAGACCACACUACUCACAACAACACAUCAUAUCCCCUUUGGCAAAUAGUUUAAAAAAAUAUCAAACACUCAAUAACAACAUCUAUACUACAACACUUCAAAGAACACGCCAUCACAAUAUACAUUCAAAUCCUUAACAAAAAAAAACAUAUGGUUUCAUCUUUCAAUGACAACUUUUGGAACAUUCCAAACAAAAAUCAGUUUUAUUUUAAAGUAAAAAAAAAAUGAAUAAAUAAAAUAAUCCUAUACAUGAACUAUAACAAUAUUUUUUUUUUUAAAACAUAUAUAUUAAAAGGAAUCUUCUUCUUACUGCUUCUUUCGUGUAAUGAAAAGUUUUUGUAAUUCAACUAUGCAGAUAUUUGGAUAGACGAGGCUUUUAGAGUGUCUUCAGCUUUAAAAAUCUUAAUGGAUUGUGCCGAGGAAAUUCAGAAACUUCAAGGUAAAAGGUUUUGCUGUACUGCAUUUUCAGAAAGAAAACAGCAAACAAAUGAAAAAAAAAUUAUCCAUGCCCUUUAAAUGUAUAUUUAUGAAACAGUUAAUAAUUUUUUUUCUUUAUGUUUAAAAAGAAAAGAAGGCAUAACGCAUGUUUAUUUAUUUUAUAAUGAAGUCUCGAAACUCAUUUAAACUUUUGUAAUAUCAUGGGAUUUAUAGAUAAAUUCCACCAUUUUAAAUGAAUAAACCAUUCCAUGUCUCUUAAAUAUGUUUUCGGAAUAAGUUAACAAAAACAUUCUUUCUUUUGUUUUAAAACCAACUUUUAAAAAUAUUUCUGGUGUGUAACAUAUUUGGGCUUUGUGAUAUUACUAUAUUCGUAGAUUAAGCCCACGUUACUUUUAAAACUAAAAAUCGCAGACCUCUUUCAUCUCCACACAUUAUUAUUUAAAACAUGACUAAAGACGAUGAUACGUACUUUAAUAAUUUUUUUUUAAAUAUUUGUUAUAAAAUUCAUUUAUCAUUCAUCAUAAUAGUUUUAUAUUAAUGAUAACAACGACUUACCUAUAAGAAGAUUUAUUUUUAUGAUAUUCUAUUUCCGUAGAUAUAUAAAAAAAAAGUCACUACCAUUGUUUUAAAAAAUCUAAAUUAUUUUCUUUGUUAAUUAUGCUAUGUUCCUGAACACCCAUUUGCACAGUUUGGUGCUCUUUAUAAGAGCAGAACCUGUCAGCUAAGAGCCUCGUUCACCAAACAGGACUAAUGAAAAAACAAGAAGAACUAAAAAAAAGAGUAGCUUAAUGUUAUUUCUUGAAUCAAGGUCUUUCACAAACGAAAAUUACUGGUUCACACAGCUGGAACGCAGCCCUUUAUUUAUUAUACUCUGCCCUUUGAAUAAUCUUAAUUGUUGCCACUGUGAAUUGAGCGUAAGGCAUUAACUUUCUUAAAUAUACGUAUAUGUAUACAUAUAUUAUACAUACUAACACACACACACACACACACAUAUAUAUAUAUAUAUAUAUAUAUAUAUAUAUAUAUAUAUAUAUAUAUAUAUAUAUAUAUAUAGUACCGAGAGUGUUGAAAGACACUACACGUCCGAUAGGCGUCUCUUGAAGGGGACACAAUUACCAGCUGGCACAUCUCCCGGUUUAUAUACUUAAUGCAGGAUGUUUCCAAAGGGGCUUGGAAAAUUUUCAGAUUAUGAAAUCGCGUCCCUCAUCAAAUGGGUGUUGAACAUCAGGCAUCUAACAAUAAGUAAACCAUAAUGUCAUUGAAACGCCUACUGCAUGAUGUAUAAACAUAUAUUACUUAUUUAAUGCGUUAAAAAAAAUUAAGCAAUAUUUCAACAUUUUGUCCUAAUUAGUGGCGUAUCUACCGGAGUACGCCAGUGCAGACCGCAACGGGUGACACCAGUUCAUGGGGUUACACCAUCUUGAAAAAUUGCAUAUUUACACACAUAUCGGUCUAAUUGAAUUUUAUAAAAUGACGACCGAUCUCGAGUAAAUUAUCCACAUUGUAACAAUGCGUGCUUUAUUAAAAUUUCAAAGUUGAUGCUUUAGAAAAGAGGUUACCUUAUAUUUAGUCAGACAAGAAACAUUUUGAGUAUGAUUUAACGCCGAAUGAAGUGCCCUGUAACGUUUGUAAUUGAGAGAAAGCUAUAUGUAUCUAAAUUAUGAGAAAUAAAGCUUUCCAUACCAAUACGGUCUGGCGAUUUUUAGAACCUGAUAUAGUUUUUGAAUAUAUUUACCUCCCGACCUAAAAUAUAAAUUUGUUUUUGUUCUUGUGAUUUUUGUUUUACUGUGACCUAAUUUUACAAGAACAAAUCCGCCGUGGAAGUUGGGGAUAGUUGGAUGACAACAUGAGUUUACUGCACGGAGUGACACCAACCCUAGCUACGCAACUGAUUUAUGGAUAAAUGAAAAAUUACACAUGUCUUAAAAUAACAUAUUAAUCAUGUCUCCUUAGGUUGAUGAUGGACCAUUUUUAAUUUUUGUUGAGAUCGACGUAUUUCCAUGAUACAACUCUGCCUUCAAAUAUUUUUUAGUACAGUAACUGGAGAGAAAAAAAUAUUAUCUAAAUUGAUGUUUUACUGAAUUUUAAUGACAAGGAAUUGUAAAUAAUUCAUUUUUCGUAUGUAUGAAAAUAACUGAUUUAGUUAAAUUUUAAAUUUUGACAGGCAAAGGAGCAAUAUACUUCAAGGUUGUCAUUCAUUUGUGUGAUAUUAUCAAAUCUUCAUCGGCCAGAGUAGGUCAGUACAUAAAUUAAGUUCCAUUGAUCUUUCUCUGAGUAGUUAGUAACAUAAUCAUGAAACUUAAUUACUUGUUUUCCAAUUCUCUUUAAAUUAAUAAUAAAAAUAAAUAAUUGUUGACAAUUAGUAACAUCAUCCAUUGUUGCUAUUUGUUAACAUACACUGACUGCACUAACUUGGGCAAUCUUGAAGUUAAGCGCUGUAAAUUAAAUACUAAUGAGAUGUCUAUUUAUGCUAAAAUAUUUUUUCGAUAUUAGGGUAUCAUGAAUUUAAUUAAUUGUUAAUUAAAUGGUACACGUUACUCUAUAUAAACCUAUAUGUCUCAGAGAUAAGAUUAAUUAAAUAGCAUAAGUACAAAACCAGUUUGGACAUUUACGGCGGCUAGUGUGGUUCAUGUGGUUAGUGUGGUUAGUGUGGUUAGUUCGGUUAGUGUGGUUAGUGAGGUUAGUCUGGUUAGUUUGGUUAGUUGGAUAGUGUGGCUAGUGUGGUUAGUGUGGUUGGUGUGGUUCGUGUGGUUAGUGUGGUUAGUGUGGUUGUUGUGGUUAGUGUGGUUAGUGUGGUUAGUGUGGUUGAUGUAGCUAGUGUGGUUAGUGUGACUAGUGUGGUUAUUGUGGUUAGUGUGGUUAGUGUGGUUAAUUUGUUAGUGUGGUUAGUGUGGUUAGUGUGGUUAGUGUGGUUAGUCAUGUUGGUUUGGUUAGUUGGAUAGUGUGGUUAGUGAUGCUAGAGUUGUUAAUGUGGUUAGUGUGGUUAGUGUGGUUAGUGAUUAUAGUGUGGUUAGUGUGGUUAGUGUGGUUAGUUUGUUAGUGUGGUUAGUGUGGUUAGUUUGGUUAGUGUGGUUAGUGUGGUUAGUGAGGUUAGUCAUGUUGGUUUGGUUAGUUGGAUAGUGUGGUUAGUGUGGUUAGUGAUGCUAGAGUUGUUAAUGUGGUUAGUGUGGUUAGUGUUGUUAGUGAUGCUAGUGUGGUAAGUGUGGUUAGUGUGGUUUGUGUGGAUAGUGUGGUUAGUUGAAUGUGUGGUUAGUGUGGUUAGUGUGGUUGGUGUGGUUUACUUGGUUAGUGUUGUUAGUUUGGUUAGUGUGGUUAGUGUGGUUAAUUUAGUUAUUAUUGUAAGUGUUGUUAGUUUGGUUAGUGUGGUUGGUGUGGUUAGUGUGGUUAGUUUGGUUAGUGUGUUUUGUGUGGUUAGUGUGGUUAGUGUGGUUAGUGUGGAUAGUGUGGUUCGUUUGGAUAGUGUGAUUAGUGUCGUUAGUGUUGUAUGUUUGGUUAGUGUGGAUGGUGUGGUUAGUGUGGUUAGUUUGGAUAGUGUGGUUAGUGUCGUUAGUGUGGUAUGUUUGGUUAGUGUGGUUAGUGGGGUUAGUUUUGAUAGUGUGGUUAGUGUGGUUAGUUUGGAUAUUGUGGUUAGUGUGGUUAGUGUGGAUAGUUUGAUUUUUUUUUUGCAGCUAGCUUGUUAUAUUAUGGUUAGUGUGGUUGGUGCUUUGUGUUGUAAGUGUGGUUAUUUUGGUUAAUGUGGUUUUUUAGGUUAGUGUGGUUAGUUUGGAUAUUGUGGUUAGUGUGGUUAGUGUGGAUAGUUUUUUUUAUUAGUGUGGUUGAUGCAGCUAGUUUAUUUUAUUAUGGUUAGUGUGGUUGGUGCUUUGUAUUGUAAUUGUGAUUAUGUUGGUUAAUGUGGUUAGUGUGAUUAGUGCGGCUAGUGUGGUUAAUGUGGUUAGUGUGGUUAGUGUGUUUAGUCUGGUUAGUGUGGUUAGUGUGGUUGGUGUGGUUAGUUUGGUUAGUGUGGUUAGUAUGAUUAGUGUGGUUAGUCUGGUUAGUGUGGUUAGUGUUAUUAGUUUGGUUAGUGUGAUUAGUGUGAUUGGUGCGGCUAGUGUGGGUAGUGUGGUUGGUAUUGUUAGUGCGGCCAUUGAUACGAGCUGUCUUGUAAUCUUUUCUAAGAAUACUUUCAACAUACGGAAAUUAAUAAUCAAUUUAUCAUUUUAACCAAGGGGUCUCCAAAAUACGACCGCGGGCCCACUGAAGGUACUUGAAUUUGCUUGAAAAAAUGCAUGUGUACCUUUAGAGAAGAAAAGCGUGUUCAAAUUUACUUCUGCUAACCUGAUACUGAGUUUCUAAAAGGGGAGUUCUUUGCCACUGGUAUGAGAUCAUUGUUUGGGACAACUUAUGUCUGUGAGCAAACAUUUUCAAUAAUGCAGUAUCUGAAGUUAGCCUUCGAACGAGAGUGACUGAUAAACAUUUAAACAAUUCUCUUGAUUGGAUGCAGCAAAUCGAUACCGAAAAUUGAUGAAAUCUUGAAAGCCAAACAUAACUUUCAUAAAUCUCCCUAACUUUUUUGCUGCCUAUUUUGUGAUAUUCGAAAAUGUGCGCACUAGGUCUGAUGUAAAUAUAUUUUUGUCAAUGUCACUUCCUUUGAUACUUUUUUUUUAGAAAAUAAAUAUGUUGGUAGUCUUUGUAUUUUGUACAUUGCACGCCAAUCACCCAUGAUUAAAAUGGAAUACUAAAAUGAGUUUUUCGCCUUUUUCCACGAGCUUUCGUUCUGGCUAAAAAUUAUUGUGCAGAAAUAAUAUCAGGCUCGCGUUUGUCAUUUUUUUCCGCUAUCUGGUCUGCCAUGAAAAAAGUCUGGAGACCCCUGAUAAAACACAUAUAUUUUUGGUUAAGUUCUUGUAUUAAACCUUUAUUUUAAUAAAAACAAAACAAAACAUGCACUACUAUUACAAAUUGGUUAAUGGAUUACACUUGUAUCGUGUCCAUGCUACCGUCUAUGUAUAACACCAAUUAAUGUUUGACAAUAUGUCUGAUUGUUUCUUUAGUAUUUGACCAAGUAUUCAGUGUUGUUUUUGUUUUGUUUGCUUGUUUUGAUUUUUUUCUUGUUUUUUUUACUUAAUCUUCAGCCAGAAAUUUUUUUUUUUUAUGAACAAAUGUAUAGACUAUAUGUUUAAUUUGUAAUCCGCACACUUUAUAACUCAUCUAUUCAUAGGUCAUUUUUAUUAAUUGAAAUGUAAAUACUGUAAAACAAAGGACGUGUCAUUUGUGCAAACUAAGAAGAGUUUCAUUUGAAAGGGAAUAACAUUCAAACCACCUUUUUUUUUUAAUGUUGAAAUAUUGAAUUCCAUAUCCAACGUCAAGUUAUCCAAAAGUUUCAUUCUUAUUUUCAGUUGACAUCUACCGUCUACAUAUGCAUAACCGGGUUGUCAACAAAAGG